UUGACGGGAUCGUUGAUUGUUGAAGGACUGGGCCUACGGUGGUGAUGCACGGGAGUAAGUUAUGUUGAAUUUGUUCGCUAAAUAGUGUUUCACAACUGAUCGUGCUGACUUGGUCGUCAAUUAUAUAUUGACCUAUCGACUGUAGUCAUUAUUUUCACCAUACCGUUGAAAGUGUCAAGAUUCAUUACUGUAUGGUAGGAAAAUCGUACUAUGAGCAGAAGACAACAGACCACAGCGACUGCUCGUCUCAUGCAAGACUAUGCACGCAUCAUUAAAGACCCAGUUCCUUACAUCACCGCAGCUCCCCUGCCAUCAAAUAUGUUAGAAUGGCACUAUGUGGUUUUAGGUCCAGAGAACACACCCUAUGAAGGUGGAUUCUAUCAUGGAAAAUUGAUGUUUCCCAAGGAAUUUCCAUUUAAACCCCCAAGCAUCUAUAUGAUAACACCAAACGGCAGAUUUAAGUGUAAUACCAGACUCUGUCUAUCCAUCAGUGAUUUCCAUCCGGACACCUGGAACCCAGCCUGGUCUGUGUCAACGAUUCUUACAGGUCUUCUCAGCUUCAUGGUUGAAACAAAUCCGACACUAGGCAGCAUUGAAACCUCAGACUACACAAAACGUCAGCUCUCUGCUCAAAGCGGUGCCUUCAAUGUCAAAAAUAAAGUUUUUUGUGAAAUCUUUCCAGCGAUAUCCCAAGAAAUUAAAAAUGAAUUAAAAAGAAGAGAAGAGGAGCUUGCAGCUAGUAUGCAGUCAUCGGUGACCUCAGGUCGAACGAUAAACAACACAUCCAACAAUGCAAUGGGGCAGCCACAGAUUAACAACCAGGACCCCCAAGGCAUUGUGGGAGGUGCUCUGGCUAAUGUUCUUGUGAUUGUAGGUUUUGCAGCAUUUGCAUACACAGUUAAGUAUGUACUGAAAAAUAUAUCGCAAGAAUGAUGAAAUAGAAAUUAUGUAUUAUUAUGUUGUAAGAUUAAUCAGAUAUUUAAAUCUCAGAGAUUGCUUUAGAGAUUUGACAAAAUGUAAUCUCUUGUGCUAUUUUUUAAAAAUAGUAACUGGUAGAAGGAGAUGUAUAUUGUAAACUUUAUCUAUAAUGUAUAAUAGAUUAUUUCUAAUUUUGCAAUAAAUUCAAUUAGAUUAUCUCUAAGCCACUACCCAAAGCCUCUUUGCCAGACUUCCAAGUGGAGUAUUCAAGAGGAUACUACUGUAUAACACUAUACUUCUAUUUCCUGCAUCAUUAAUUAGAUUAUCCAGUUAAUCUUGUUUUUCUGAUUUCAUCUGAAUCAAGAUUAACAUUAAAACUCGUUAAUGAUCACAAAACAGCUAAAUUAACCAGAUCACAGUAACUUUUUUAUACUAGAGUAUUGCUAAAGUUACCUAAAUAUAACCAUGCCACACUAUACUUCUAAUUCCUAUAUCAUCAUCAGUUAGAUUAUUAAGUUAAUCCUGUUCUCAUCUGGAUCAAGAUUAACAUUAAACUAGUUAAUGAUAAGCAGCUAAAUUAGCCAGAUCACAGUGAAUUUUGAUAAACUAGUUAAUGAUCUGAUAACUAGGUCAAGGUUACUUGAUUGUUCUUGUGAAUGACUUGUUCUGUUUGAACGAUCUUGAGGAACAAUUGGUUACUUUAAUUACUCAACUAAAAUGGUUUCAAAAUAGAUAAUCCUUUCAUUUUAAUCUGUGAUUUAUUCUAUUAUAAUUUUGACUGUUAAUUUUAUUUUUGCUAUUCAUAUUGGAAGUUUAUAGAGACACAGUAUAAGGCACUUAUUUAAGUUGUAUGUUUGGAUUGGAUUAAUUUUAUUACUGUAUCUAUUUUGCCAUUGUUAAUAUCAAAAUUAUUAGGGGAAGUAAAGAAAUUCAUUUCUAUAUA